AUGGCGCCUCCGAUCUUAUCUUUGGCUCUUCCUUCAGAGACCGGUCGCGUUCUAAGUAUUCAAUCUCAUACUGUUCAGACUAAAAAGAUAAGCAAUGCUGCCUGGUUUACCCAUGCUCUCCAUAAAAGAACAUAUUUUGUGAACAGAGGAAAAGAAAGCAAUCUUGCUGGGAGGGUUGUGAGUCAACAAAGAUAUCCAACCUUUAAAGGCCAAGUUUUGAAUGGACAGCAACUAUGGGAGUUAAUGGAAGGCCUUGAAGCAAAUGACUUGCUGUAUUAUACUCAUUUAUUAACAGGUUAUAUUGGUUCAGUUUCAUUCUUGAAUACUGUAUUGGAAGUUGUCAAGAAGCUUCGGUCUAUAAAUCCAAAACUUACAUAUGUAUGUGAUCCUGUUCUGGGUGAUGAAGGAAAGCUUUAUGUUCCGCCAGAGUUGGUAGCAGUAUACCGUGAGAAGGUGAUCAGUUCAAUCGUUAAACUCAUGAUUGUAUCUGAACAAGAUGGUCGGAGAGCUUGUAACAUGCUUCAUGCUGCUGGACCUUCAAAGGUUGUGAUCACAAGCAUCAAUAUAGAUGGUCAUCUUCUCUUUAUUGGCAGUCAUGAAAAGGAAAAGGGCCAGUCUCCUGAUCAAUUCAAGAUUGUGAUACCCCAAAUUCCUGCAUAUUUUACAGGAACAGGGGAUCUGAUGACUGCACUCCUGCUUGGGCGGAGUAAUAAAUACCCUGACGACCUUGGAAAGGCAGCAGAGCUUGCAGUGUCCAGCUUGCAGGCACUUCUGCAGAGGACUUUAGAUGAUUAUAAAAGAGCUGGAUACGAUCCCCAGUCAAGCAGUCUGGAGAUUAGAUUGAUCCAAAGUCAGGAUGACAUUCUCCAUCCACUAGUCACAGCAAUGCACGUGAUGAAAUUUCAUAGAUGUCUUAAAACUAAGGCCCUGCAACUUGAUAAAUUGGCCUUAGCAGGUAGAGCAUCCCUUCGUUAG